GGGCGCGUCAAUCAUGCAAGUUAAGGAGGCACGUUCUAAGUUCUCAAGUUGGAUGGCGAAGCUCAAAAGUGUUUCUGCUGUGUAAGUGACAGGCUGUGGAGAAUUAAUUAAAGCGACGGACCACGGUAAGAAUGACCUACAUUUGUUGUUGAAAUGUUUACAUGUCGAAGUUAUAACCUAAUUUCUUUGUGUUUUCUUUUUCUUCUAUCACGUCGACAACGUCUUUUUUGUAGACUUUUUCCUGGUUGCUCGGGUGACUGUUGUAACGGUUGGCAAUUUUAAAUCCUGGUGGAUAAUAGUAACAGUGGACCUGUCAGUUGAACCAUUUGUUUAACGUUGCAGUGUAAAAAGCGCAUUUCUCAUUCGGUAUAGUGCGUAUUUUUUCACUUGGUCCUCCUCGUCUUGACAUUUCCUGUUUUAGGCUUCACACUUGUUCCUAUUGAACAUUUUGUUAAACUAAAGUUGCUCAGUUCGGACGUCCAGCCUGCUUGGUCGGUGGUCCCGUUUGAAAACUAUUGAGAACAUGCUCGUUAGUGCUUCAGCUGACAGACUGCUGCUCCUUUAAUGGCCUGUCCUACACUUUUUUCUCCUGACCUUUUUUGGUAUUUUUCCCCUGCUUAGACCAAGAAACAAUCUGCCUAGAAGCAGAUUACUGUGCGUAUAAAACGUAUUAUGUCAAUUAUGAAAUCGUCAAGUUGACAUGAGAUGUACAACAGCAGAGGUAGACAUUAUUUCUCUUUGUAAGAAGCCAUCAGAUUUAUAUUGCAUUUAAAGGAACCUGUUUUGAACACAGUCUUUUGAAAACAUCGCUUCCUGUGUUUUGUUCCCUGUGGCCAUCCUCUGUAUGCUCCCCCUUUCUGUCUCUAGUCAAUCUCAUGGCAGCUAUAUUUAGCUGGUAUCUAUUUAAGCCUUUCCACUAUAUGCUCCACAAUGCUCCCAAGGCCCAAGGCUAGAUUCAGUAGACCUCUCUUGGGAGGCACUCGAUUAGGAGACCUAAAUUGCGGAGCUGGAGAGAAUUGAAUUCUGGAGUGAAGUGUGUCAUUACCCAGAAGGUGUGGUGUUCAACUUGAGCGGUUAGAUCUGUCUGCAUCCACUCAAGUGAUCCAGACUAAACAUGAAAUAUGUGCAAAUCUGCUCUGUGAUCCUGUGCUGUGAGGCUGUCUUGAUAACUAAAGAAAUACACAAAAGGAAAACAAUUUAUCAGACAGUAAACUUCCAAGCUGGGAUAAGCAGCUGAAAUGUAGUAUUUUACAGACAUAUAUUAACAGAGCAGUUGCUUUUGAAAUAGACAGCCCAUCUGCAUCUUCAGAAUGGUGCUGGCCUUAGUUACGCAUGUUUCUGCCAAAACAUUUUCCGGGCUAGUCAAAAGCCAGAGUGGCCAAAAGCCCCGCAACACACACGAACUACUAAUGAAGAACUGAAUGGUCCCAGAGACCUGGACUUCCUGAACAUGCACAGCAAAGUGUUCGCAACAGGUUACAGUAGAGUCUUUUAUUGUCCGAGUGGGUGAGGCUGAAUAGAAACCGCAUGUAUUCAAAUAGUGUGCAUGUGUAAACAGGGGAUGUAAAUUUUCCUCUGCUGCUGUACUCACACUGUCACUAACUGUGGACCAGUGGCAGACCAAACAACACUGCUGCACAUAAGGGCUUGAUAGUAGUCUCUUCACUAAGUGUUAAAAGAUAGUGAUAGAUUUUCUUACUUGCUCAUGUUUGAAAUUUAGGGAAUAAACUUGUUGGAAAAAAAAAAAACAACCAGCUUCAAUGUAGGAAGUAUAAAGACACAAAAACGUAAAAGGCAUCAUCAGUGAUUUUCUUGCUGAACCACUGUUGCUCAUGCUGUCUGCUCUGUGUUCUUGUGUUGCAGGAGACGGGCAAAGCCUCUAGGGGGCCAUGUCUGGUGGCAGCAGUUCGAACAACAGCUGGACCAUCCUCACUCCUGAGGUAGGACCACCUCUGUAAAGAAAAUAUCAAUAUGUUAAGUUGAUAUAUUGAUGGAUUAUUUCCAAAAUAAAAGAGAAAGAGAGAGAAUUAUUUGAGGUCCCAUUUUAUUAAACUAUGGGUUUUCUGACCUUAAAAUUACUUAUACACAUCUGCCUUUGCAGUGGUUGUUGUUGUUAAAGGUGUUACUACUUCUCCACUGUUUGUCAUUAUUGAAGUAAUGGCUUCUGUUGGUCUGUAUUUCUUAGGAGACUGUCACUGAAACCCUGAAGCCUUUGGCAGAGGGAACAGAGCAACAUGAGGAUAGUCUGUCGUCUGAAGCAGGUGUUUGACAUAAUAUCUAAUUAUUGUGAAUGGCACUGUAAGACCUGAAUUUCACACAAACAUGUCAUAUUUUUUUUAUUUUAGUUUUUAUUUAUUUAUAAAAAUAAUAUUUGCCUUUUACUGGUAAUCAAAUAUAACAACGAUUCCACUUGAUACACAUAGCAAGAGUCACUAGUGGAGUGUUUAUCCCACUGUUGACCUAAAAUUGUCCUCUCUUGCUUCCUGUUUCUGUGUUUGUUGAGCCAGACCCAGGGGUCACCCAGCCUGCACAGGGUGAAGAGUCUGUGGAGGAACCCCCUAUGGAGGGCCACCUGGUAAGACACCAAUAUUCAUUACUUGCAAUAUUAUAAUGCAUGAUAAUUAUUUUUUGCGUGCCUGGGGACAUACAUUAAGUUUGUUAUUCUUUUUACAAGAGCCACUGUGUUUACUUUGUUCUGGUUAGCUUGUGAAUGUGAAGCCACAUCAUUUGUUUCUAACUGAGUAUUCAUAUCUAGCAGAUGACCCAUUUCAGCUGAUUUCAGGCCACAGCUUCUUGAUGGAGUUAUGAAAUAAUAAUCUUGAAAAUUCUAUUCAGAGAACUUACUCAGUAAAGGAUGUCCUCAUUUGAUUUUAAAGACUGGUAUUGGGGCCAAUAGAGGUAUAUCUUGGAGCUUAUUAGCAUCAGCUGUAUAAGUCUUAAGCCUCUUCAUCCUUUUUUAAGUCAGCUACCUCUUAGGUGUUUUACUCCGAGUGCGUCUUUGUACAAAAACAUGAUCACAGCUAUCACACAUUCAGGGUAUCUUCCUUUAACAGUUUUGCGUUUGGAGUGUGUUUUUAAUCUUGGGGAGUACGAGUGUAAAAUCAGGGAGUCUGAGGGGGCAGAAAUGUUCUUUUUAAUAGGGCUUCAGUCAAGGUGAAUACACAAUAUUCAGGAAGUAUCUGUACAUUUUAGAAAGUGCAUGUAUCGACUUUCUAGCAAAGAUUAGAUGAGACUAUCGAUUCUCGCUCCUGGAUCUUUAUGUACAAAGCUACAACCAGCUAUCCUGAUUCCCUUUGUUUCAGGUGGACUAUUUCUUGGCCACUAUGGGCAACUUGAGAGGUUGCUUGGCAACUGACCCUAGAAAAGAAAUAGCAAGUAUAUAACUGCAGGUUGUAAUACAGGUGGACAGGGUAUGAAGUGAAUUAUAUACAGUAAUUCGAUGAUUAGUGAGUAUAGAAGUGCUGGCUGGUUGAUCUUAUUUUUGGACUCCUCUUAGUCUCUUGUCUUUGUCCUCAACUAGAUAAGCUGACCUCAGACAGUGACUUAUCAUCAGCCUUAUGUUUAAAGUUCUCAUGAAAGCCUUAACAGCUACAGUAUCAAAACUUUUACAUCUGAGUUGGGCCUGAGUUAAAACCAGAAACCGUAAAGGAAUCUCUAAACUCUUUGACUGACAGUGUCAUACCCUGUGGAAUUAAUUACCUGAUUCUUUGACCAGGUACCAGAAGAACAACCCGCGGAGCUAAGUGAAGACACAAAUGCAGAGCAACACACCGCUGUGCCCGCAGCUGUCAUCGAUGACACUAUUCCCACGACUGUGGAAGCCUCUGGCAGCUUGGUCCCAGACAGUGAUCCACUCAGCCAGUCUGAGGGUCUACCUGAGGGCCCAGCACAGUCCAUCCCUGACCCAGAUUCAUUCUCCGACUCCUACACCCAUAUAACCCCGUCCCCUGAAGAGCCCCCUGCUUCACUGCUGAGCACAGAGACUCUGGGAGGGGGGGAGUUCACACAAGAAGAGGAGAGUGUCACACAGGAAGGAACAGUGCAACCUCUCAAUGGGGAGGGGCUACAACAGGUGGAGGAGGAGUCAGACCUGUUUUCAAGGACACCUGACAUAGGGAAACAGGCAGGUAUGAACCACAAGAAAUGAGUUUAUUUGCAUUGAUAUUCUUAGACCCUUUGCAUCAGUUGUGAUCUUCUCUUUUUUCCACUAAGCAGUGUGUACUAUUUGUGUUUGAAGUGUACUUGGUGGACCAGCUGGUUUUGGAAUUGUUCAGUAUCUGGGCCAGGAAGUUGUCUGGAGAGGCUGUGGUUGGUAUGAGGCAGGGAGCAUGAUGUGACAGAGGAUUUUUUUUUAGUUGCAUGACACCCUGCAGAAGUAAAUUGGCUUCAGUGGGACUGGGACCUCCUAAAGUUUUUUGCAGUGUGGUGUUUUUUGGUCUGCAGCCCUUUUUUUAUUUUUCGCUACAGCAUUAAAAAAUGAGUCUCCUUUUGCUCUCUCGUGCAUUUUUUUUCACACACUUUCUGUUUACCAACCAGAUUUCAGUGUCAGUGAGUUUAUUUCAGAGCUCAUUAAUAGUACCGAUGCUCUUCAACGAAGAUGUAUCAAAGUAGUUUGGAAACAUAUUUUGGAGGCGCAAGAAGUUACAAAAUUAUGCUCGUACAGCACUUUCUGGACUGUUUUAGAUUCAAGUAGUAAUUAUGCUGCUUAAAGUGAGAGAAGGAAUGGCAAUCUAACCAGCUCGCCAUGUGGAGCAGAGCACAUAAAGACAAGCAUUUCCCAUGAGGUUUUGGUCUCAUUCUACAGCAUCAGACUGGUUGAAGGGUUGAUGCUGUUGUGCUAUCCAACACUAAUAAGCGCAAUAAUGAAGUCGUCGCUAAAAUACAUGCAAACGCUUUGUUUAUUAAUUAUACUAAAUAUGCCAGAAAUUAGAAUAAAUGUCUAUCAGAUUGAUGAUUGUUCCGCUUCUUUAACCAUCUAUGCCCAUGGGUUACCACGGAGACAAACAAAACAUGUAAACCACAAAACAUGUAAACCUCAACUUCCCAUCCUGUCCUUUUCCACUGUUUCAGACACCCAUGUGGAUUCAGAGGUGGCUGAAGUGCAGACUGAGAAGACAGCAGAGGAGAGAGAACCAGAACCAGAACCAGAGGUGAGGAGCAGGUCUCUCUUAGCAGCUCUGGAGCGGAUUGGGAGGAAAGAAGAGGAGGAAGAAGAAGAAGUGGAGGAAGAGUUUCAGCUGCCACCACGUGAGGAAGACAGCGGGUUUUCUGUGAACAAGUGCAUCCUGGGGGCUGUCAUUCUUUUGGGCCUGGGUACCAUCUUUAUCUCUGGUAGGCACACCUUCAGUAUAUGUAUGUAUGUAUGUAUGUGAGCUGUGUUUUGAAAAAAAAUCUGUGAGGAUAGUCAGAGAAAAGUGAUGAAGAAGUAGAGCUAAAGUUUACAAGGAAGCUUUGAGACUGAGGUGUACUAUACCUGCAGGUGUCUUCAUGGACCUGGAUGAAGGUAUGUCCUAUACGUACAUGUUUGUGUGUGUGUGUGUGCUUCCCUCUCACACAUGGCAUGUGUUGGAUGUGCAUGCAGAAAAGAUGUGCAUGCAUCUUGAACACUACCCAGAGUCUGUUUCAAAUGCAGAGCACGCUUUUAGACACGGGUGAGAGAGAGAGAGAGAGAGAGACCUUGGCAACACAGCUUCUUUGCUGUUUUGUGAAAACCCUGUACUAUAUCCCUAUGAAGUAAACCAGUCAUUUUGAGCAAACUCGAAUUAGAAAAAAAAUGCAAGUACAAGGUUUUCAUUGAGUACAGAGUGUUUAACCUCGACCUGCUUCUACUCAGCCCACGAAGAUGCUUUUUAUAGAAAAAAAACCAGAUUGUUUUCUGAGUAUGUGCUUGUGCUUUCAAGAUACGCAACAGAAAAGAAGAACUUUAAUGUGUUUUUGACAGUAUUACUGCAUUAACAUAAAAAUGAUGUUUUUUGUUCUACCUUUGCAGACAAUGAUUAUGCUACAAGGGAGCUGAAAGAUGCAGAAAUACCAGGAAAACAGGUCCGUCUUACAUCAGCUUGAAAUGUCUUUGUCUCCUCCUUUCCUGUCUGUGUUCUCUCUUGUCCAACCUGUGUUCAUUCUAGUGCCAUUUUAUGUACCCAUUUGACAGAACAGUGAGUACCACUAGUGGAAUUUUUAGUGGGAUUUACUUGGCAGGAAACCACCCACAACACUAGCAGCAAUUCUGCUAUUGUCUGCCAACUGUGCUAUUCUGAACUUUCUCUAUUUCUGGUCUCGACAUCACGUACUGUUCUCUUCCUUCACGACUGCUCUGUCUGUCUGCCAGUGAUGAUUCUGAGGAGUCAUUUAAAGUUCUGCUUCUGUGUUGUACUGUGUGUGUGUGUGCAUGCGAUUUUUUGACAGGAGUGGCUUAAUCCAGAGGUUCCACCACCCAUAGUAGAUGUUGAUAGUGCAGAGCUUCUUAAUAAGUUAGCUCAAGGGGACCAGCAGAUUUCCGUACUACAAGCCCAGCUUCAGGUGUGAGCCCAUUCUAUCUCUUAUCAUCCAUCCAUCUCAUGAUGUUUGUGUUGUAUCAGAACAUUGAUUUGUUAAUAUUUGCAUGUGAAUAACCAUAUCACUGAUUUCUCUAUUUUUACUUUCUUUUUUUUCAUAAAGGCACAGAGAGAAGAGCUAAACGUUGCCAAGGAAGUAGCCGAACAGAGGGCGAAGGAUCAUCUGCUGUGGGCAGAGGUGGAGAAGGAAAACAGUAGGUUGAAGAAAGACAUGGCAUCUCUCCCCAUCCUUCAGAAAGAGAACGAGAGGAUGAAGAGAGAGCUGGAGUCUGUCGUGGCCCUACAGACAGAGCUAGAAACACUGAGAUCCACUGUGACUGAAUUAAAACUCUCCCAAGGUACAAAGAGACAGAAGGGGGAGGCAGGGAGGGGUGAGAGGGGGGGGGAUAAAUUUAAGAAAGGCUGGCAGUUAGAGAGAUAGCAAGGGAAAGUGCAGCGUAAUCCUCUUUCUUUCCCUUCUCUUUGUUUUAAUUGAAUCUUGCUUGUCAUGUUUGAUUUCGUGCUGACUUUUUGUGUCUUCUUCAGCCGCCAGAGAAGCAGCUGUGCCGCCCCCCAGUGGACAGCCUGAGGACAGCAUACAGGUCACAGAUGGAUCCACAGAGACACUGACAACAAAAACGUCGGAUGAACCGAGGGAGGAGAAAAAGGAUGUAAAAUCCGAGGCCGAGAGAGAAAAAUCUGUAAGGAAGGAAGAAAGGAAAGAAUGGAAAAAGGCAAAGGACGAGAGAGAAAAAUCUGCAAGGGAGGAAGAAAGGAAAGAAUGGAAAAAGGCGAAGGAGGAGCAGAAACGGCACAGCGAAGAGACAAAAAUAGGAAAAGAGAAGGACUGGAAGAAACAUACAGCUAGCAGAGGUGAUGAAGGAAAGUCGUGGAAGGACAGGGAAGGGAAGAAAGAGAAGGACAAGAAUGGAAGAAAGGAAUGGAAGGAGGAGAAGGAGUUGAAAAAAGGAAAGCAUGAGAAAGUGUAUGAGGGCAAACAGUGGAAGGGUAAGGAGGAGAAAAAGGAUUGGAAGGUAGGAAAAGACCAUGGAGAGAAGUAUAAGGGCAAGGAGAACUGGAAGGGAGAGAAGGAAUGGAAGAAAGGAAAGGAUAGCUUCAAGGAAAUUGGCAAAGAGAAAUGGGAGAAAAAGGGUUGGAAAGAGAAAGGAGAGAAGAAAGAGUGGAAGAAAGAAAGUGACUGGAAGAGCAAAGAUAGUAAAAAAUGGAAAGAGAGAGGUGAGAGGAAGCAGUGGGAAGAUAGCAAAAGUCAGGGUAAGGGGAAAUAUCAGAAUGACAAUGAAUGGAAAAGAAAAAGUGGAAUGAGUGAUAAGGAGUGGAAGAAAAAGGAUGAAAAGAAGGAGCAAAAGUGGAAAAGAGAGGGACAGAAAGAAAACAGUGACAGUGUUAAUCGUGGCCACAAAGAAGCUCCCCUCUGGGAACACAGGGAGCCCGCUCACUCACAUCGCAAACCCUCCCUGGAUCAGCCUGAGUACUGGACCCAGCAGAGAGAUCGCCUCCAGCACAACACCAAACCACCACAGCACUGUGGUACACUGGAGUCCUGUGCUAAGGCGGAGGGUUUGAUCCCCGUCCCCCUUCCUGAGUUUGAAGCCAUCCUCCAGAUUUACCUGACGAAGGCUGAGGAGGUGGGACUGGAUGAUCUGAAAAGGGAGGAGCUCAAAAAGCUAACCUCCGAAUUCUUCAAGGAUGGAGUCUUUGUUCACGACCAGAUGAGCUUUCAAGAUUUUGUUGAGGAUGUGGGGGAUAUUUUGGAAGACAUGGUGGAAGACGACGAAGACGAGGAAGAGGAGGACAGCGCCUUGGAGGAGGAAAUGGAGGGCUUCGAGAGAGAAGUCAUGAAAAAGUUUGCAGUGCCGGGAGCCAGAGAGAAGGAGGAGAGAUCUAAAGGGGAGCGGAAGAAGGCGAGCGGAAGAGGGCGUGGCUGAUGAAGCAGCAGGAGUGAUGGAUGUGAGAAAAGAAGCAAAGAGCAGUCACGGCAGAGGAGAGUUUAUUCAAACGGAACAUUUUAUAUCGGACCACAAAUACAAGUACACAUUUAUCAUUCUGUUCAUUUUACAGGAUCCUGUUUUUCCCCCCUUCCAUCUGUUGCGUAAGAUCUUCAACUUACAAAUCCAUAUCUAUAUUCUGGGUCAUUUUAUGCAUGACCUGUGGGCAUGCACACACAUUAGCGCUGGACUAUAGACAAAAAAUCUUGCUUUACACCACAUAUUUGAAAUGAACUUAAGUGGAAAGAAGAAGUCGCAGGUAGUGGUGAAGCAGAACGUGCACAUUCUCUGUCCUUUGUAUGCUCUUUCCUCUGAAGUUCAAUCUAGAGAAAUCUCUCUUAGACUCCAUGUCCGGCUUUGCAUGUAAUGCUUCUUUGUGGAUGUGUAGGGGAGUUUGGACCUUUUUAGACUUACUUUGAUGUAGCAUUGCUUGGACUUUUCUCCAAGAGCAGACGCUGUACAGUCUUAUUCAUGCACCAAACCUCUUCUUUUGCAAAUAGCACAGAGCCACUGUUGAAGACUUCAUAUUCACUUAGACAGCCUGCACUCCCAGGACUCUAUCUGUUUGUAAAAUAAUUAUUUAAGCCUGACUCUACAUGUGAGAUUAUGUCCAAGUCAUUAACAGUUUUUAAAAAGGGUGGCGUUUUAUGCUGAGAAAAAAAAAGUAGGUUUAUCUUGGUGAUUUUAUGCCAGAAUAGUCUGCAGCUAUUUUAUUUUGAAUGUCUGUAAAUAUAACAUAUAUUCAAGAACUAUGCUGCAAUGCAUACGCAUGAUAUUAACUUAUUUCCUUUAAAUGAUAUAUAGUUUAAAAAAGAUUUGGUUGGCACAUUAAAUAGUGACAUGUUGAGCAUGUAUGUUACUUUUCAGGUACAGGACUCAAGAGCACUGAAAUGUCUUUAAUUAUCGUUUUAUCAUGAAUGUAACAUUUGUCAUGACACUGUUUACAUACUUAUGAAAUGUUGAUUUAAGGGUUACAUCCACUUAGGGAUUGUUUUUUUUCUUUUUUUUUUUUUUUUUUUUUUGGGGGGGGGGGGGGGUAGUUGAGGCAGAAGUUAAUGGUUUAGUCUGUUUUUUGAUAGCGUAUAGAUACAAAGAUAGAAGUUUUCUAGAUUCAGGAUGCUUGUAUUUGCCCUUCACUGUCCUAAGAAAAAUAAAAAUUUGCGCAUCCCUGUGAUGACAUCUAUCUGA